GAUUAUUUGAAUUGGUUCUGCAGAUUUAACUCGGUGGCUUGGAUUAUGUAUAUUUUUUUUUUGCCUCCUUGUCAAUGUGUUGAUAUGCUUAAGAUUUAUAACAGCUGGCAAUACAGAUAGUUUCUUCUUUUCAUACGUUCGCAUGAAAAUUAUGUUACUUCCAGGAGAAAAGGGGAUUAUCAGACACCACGAUUCACUGAAGCUGACAAAAACAAUGAUAAAAGGUAUAUACUGUGAAUGCUCCGUCAAUGCGGAGAGAGAUUGUUGAGGAAAAAUGGAAGAAUUGGGGAGGUGUAAUAAAAAGAAGAUAAUGGGGAGGUGAAGGAGCAUUUGAGUUAAGGAAGGAAUUUGAACGGUCUAAAGGGAAUUGUAUAAGAAACGUUUUUGCAUUCUCAACGUCAAAGAGAGCGAAGACGCAGCUUUUGUGGGCGGUAACCAAAGUUAGAAGAAGAUUUUGUCAGGAGAGUUCAAGAUGUCUGGUGCUACCAACAACAACAAUAACGAGGAAGACAAGAAGCCCAGCAAGCUAGGGACACACAUCACUCUUAAAGUCAAAGGGCAGAAUGAUAACGAAGUGUUCUUCAGGAUCAAGAGGAACACUCAAUUGAAAAAGCUUAUGGAUGGUUAUUGUGACCGAGAGUCGGUUGAUUUCGACUCCAUUGUUUUUCUCUUUGAUGGUCACCCCCUUCGUGCUGAGCAGACUCCUGAUGAGUUGGAACUGGAGGAUGGUGAUGAAAUCGAUGCCAUGGAACAUCAGAUUGGAGGCUCUGCAUUCUGAAGGGUUUCAUCCUUAAGGAAUUAUAAGUAGAAUAAGUUUAACAUAAAGAUCUAGGUGAGACAUAAGAUACAUAUUUUAUUAUCUCCUAUACAGCUUUUGCUGCUGCUGGAUCUUCAAGUCAUUCUGGUGCUUUUUUUGUCAAUAUCAUUGGAUGGAUUGUCAAUAUC